AAUUUUUUCUUUGAAAAAUGCAUAGAUCUGUGAUUUUUCUUCUCACCAACGUUGUUUUAUGCAUCGCAUCUGUGGACCGAUUCCUUUUUGAUGUUUCAUUGACCUGUCAUCUUCAUCAUAUUGGAAGAUAUUCGUAUAAAAUUCAAUUUGUUGAAUCGGAUUUUUGGGUACUUAACAAAGAUGAUAUAAUCACUCCACCGAAAUUCGGAGAAGCUCUUCCAGGAAGUCAUAAUUUUACAAUGUUUGGAAAACAAGAAGGAGAUGAGAUCACUUCGGAGGGUUACGAUGUGAGAAUGCUCCUUACUCAUAAUUGUAAUGGAAAUAGGGAAGAUAUUGGUGCCUACAUGUAUGUUAAGCCACUUUGUCCAAUUGGUACUGGCUUGUGUCAUUUCAAAAUUUCAAGAGAUAUCACGGAUAUGAGAGGAAAAGUUACGAUGUAUGCAAAUCUGGUAGAUGAUUAAAGAAAACCAAAUCGCGCUCUUCGUUUUUGAACUACACUAUUCCGAAUAUUAAUUACUUUACAAAAAUAAAUGAUUAACGUGAA